GAGUGCACCCAUCACAUACAUUUCGUUUCGAGUUGGAGAAGUCAUUUCUCUCUCACUCACAGCGCUCUCUCUCUCUCUUCCGAUCCAAGAAAAAGCAGCGUCAGUCACAGCUGUCCUUGCCCAACUCCUCUGUCUCUUUCCCUCUCUCACGCAUUUCAUCAACCGCCGACACGAUCUUCAAUUUCUCUUCGGAAAUCUGCUUCCCCUCGCUUAGAUUAGAUCCAUUCGCUUUUGCAACUCACCUCCCCUGAGUCCAAUCGGAGUCAAAUUCUCCUCACACGAUAGAGCUCAUCUGUAAAUACUCCGCCCUAUCCUUGCAAUCUCUCUCCUAGCUCGCUUCGAGUUCAUCACCGAGUCGGGGAUUCAACAUUUCUACAGAUUUUACUUGACUUUGAGAAUCGACCUUAGUACAGACUGAGAACACUAGGUGUUUUUGCAUUUUCGGUCGGAUUGUCAUUGCGGCUCGGUCCGAGUUGGCACAGAUUCAUUCCGUUGCGAUUUAUGGUGAUGUUUAAUAGAUUUAUCUGUCGAAGUUAGGGUUUUCCAUUUACUAGUGGUUUGCUUGCCAUGGCGUCUCAGCCUCAGAGCUGGCGCGAGGGCAUGUCCUCUGAUAAUAUCAAGGGAUUAGUUUUGGCGCUUUCGUCGAGUUUCUUUAUUGGUUCGAGCUUUAUAGUCAAGAAGAAAGGCCUCAAGAAAGCCGGUGCUAGUGGCAUCAGGGCAGGAGUUGGAGGCUAUUCUUACUUGUAUGAACCUUUAUGGUGGGUGGGCAUGAUAACUAUGAUUGUUGGAGAGAUUGCUAAUUUCGCAGCUUAUGCAUUUGCACCAGCAAUACUGGUUACUCCUCUGGGUGCUCUCAGCAUAAUAAUCAGUGCCGUUCUUGCGCAUAUAAUUUUACGAGAGAGGCUACACAUUUUUGGAAUUCUUGGUUGUGUCCUAUGUGUUGUCGGUUCAACAUCAAUUGUUUUGCAUGCUCCUCAAGAACGUGAGAUUGAGUCUGUCACUGAAGUUUGGGAUCUUGCCACAGAGCCAGGCUUUUUACUCUAUGCUGCUGUGGUCAUAACAACUGUUUUUAUACUAAUAUUCCACAUUAUCCCGGAAUAUGGGCAGACACACAUAAUGGUUUAUAUUGGAGUUUGUUCCCUUGUAGGUUCUUUGUCGGUCAUGAGUGUCAAGGCCCUUGGCAUUGCAUUGAAGUUAACGUUUUCGGGAAUGAAUCAGCUAAUAUAUCCGCAAACUUGGGUUUUCACUGUUGUUGUAAUCACGUGUGUGCUCACACAAAUGAAUUAUUUGAACAAGGCACUUGAUACAUUUAAUACAGCUGUCGUGUCUCCUAUAUACUAUGUUAUGUUCACCACACUAACCAUUUUGGCUAGUAUCAUCAUGUUUAAGGAUUGGGAUAGGCAAAAUCCAACACAGAUUGUCACAGAGAUGUGUGGGUUUGUUACUAUCCUUUCAGGAACCUUUCUUCUUCACAAAACAAAGGAUAUGGCUGAUGGUGCAAGUUUGACUAAUUCUACAUCUGUAAGGCUAUCGAAGCACACAGAAGAGGAUGGCUUUGGUGCGGAAGGCAUCCCUCUUAGGCGGCAGGACUCAUUGAGAGCACCUUGAUGCAUAUUAGGCUUGUUUCUGUAAACUUUUCUUUUGGAGAGGGAACUUUUUGACGUCGACGUUACUUUAGUGAAUCUCUCUUCCUUCUCCAUCUGUUUUUCCCCCAAAACUGUUAGAAAAUGGGGGGCAUGCUCUUUCCUCGUAUGUUCUUUAUUUUCAUUGCAAUUAGAUGUUUAGCAUGACUGCUGCCUUGGUGCCUUGUAUACAAUUUCCUCCCCAAGUUCAUACGAAAGAAAAAACUUGCCUUGUAAUUUUGAGCAGACUUGGUAUACAAAACCAAUGUACUUGGAAAACUUGAGUGGAUUUUCUUGCCAAAAUGUGAUCUGGGAUGA